AUGGGUCUCACCCCCCAGCUGGCUGCCACACUCCUCUGCCUCCUAGUAUGUGCUGGCAACUUUGCCCAUGGAUGCAACAGCGAAAACUUAGCAGAGAUCAUCCAUAUUUUGAACCGGCUCACAAGCAAAGGGACUCCUUGCACCGAGAUGCUUGUGCCAGAUGUCUUUACAGAAACCAAGAACACCACUGAGGAGAAGAUCCUCUGCAGGACGCAGAAGGUGCUCCGGAAGUUCUAUAACUCACAUAUUCCGUGCUUGAAAAACAACACCUUGGUUCUCAAAGACUUGCAAAAAGUCUACAGGAUUGUCUGCAGCAUGUCCCAGCUGCGCAACUGCACCGUGAGUGAAUCCACACAGAUAACACUGAAAACCUUCUUGGAAAGCCUGAAAAGGAUGAUGCAAAAGAAAUAUAACAGUGCAGAAGCUGAAUGUCUUAAUUUAUGA